AUGAAUGGUGUUCGGCAUGGAUAUCUGGGGCAGUUUGAUGUUGCCUAUGGAACCAUUAUCAAUAUCAUGUAUCUUCCGAUCCUAUCCGUAAUGUUUAGACCGGAAUACUACAAAAUGUCUUGUUUUAAAAUCAUGAUUUGUCUCGGUAUAGUUGACAUGCUGGCAUUGUGCAUAAACUCAAUAACUACUGGAAUCCUGGCUAUGAAAGGAGCCGUCUGGUGUACUUAUCCAGUGUUUAAUUAUAUUGUUGGAAUGAUUGUGUUGGGGCUAUGGUGCGGGUCAUGUAUUAUUGUAUUGAUUUUGGUGGCAAAUCGGUUAUUGGAUUUAAGUGAACACUGGUUGGGAAAAAAGUUGUUUAAUGGAAACCGCACAUUUCUGGUCAUGCUGAUUCCUUUCUUCUAUGGUUUGUACUUCAUCAUUUUCACAAAUCCCGUCGGCUUCAACUCGAAAUAUUACACGUGGUUGUUCAAUCCGUUGAUAACUGACGAGAAGACGGAUCAGAGCUUUCAAAUUUUGGUUCAAUCCGCUAUGAUUUGUUUUAUUAAUUUCGUUGCUUCAAUUAUUUUUGUUUUAAUGAAUAUCAUAGAACUACCCAUCUGGAUAAUUAUUGUGGCUCAAAAAAUGUGGCAGCUUAUUCAUGGAGCACCUGUCAUCAUAUAUCUCACUCUGAACAAAACGAUAAGAACAGGAGUGAUCAACAAAUUCCUUGUGGUGAAAAAGAUAUAUUCUGUUACAAAUCGCUCAGUUAUCUCUCCGCAGUGA